AUGGCCGACGAACAGAAGCCCACCAAUGUGGAGGCUGAGCAGGAUGUCCAGAAAGUUUUGAAUGAACUGAAGGGCGAGAACAGCGAGAAGGCCGAAGAGAAGCCCACUGAGGAGUCCGCCGCGAAGCCCGCCGAUGAGUCCACUGAGAAGCCCGCCCAGGAAGACUCCGAGGAGGCUCGCAUCGUCGCCGCCGCCGCUAAGCUGGGUGAGAAGUCUGAGCAAUCCGAGCAGUCCGGAGAUAAGCCAAAGCCACAGCAGGAGCCGCGCCACCAGCGCACCAGCCGCGCUAAGUUUGACGCUGCUUCCCUGCAAGAGACUGAUGACCCCGUCGAGAUCCGCAAGCAGGUUGAGUUCUACCUCUCUGACUCUAAUCUUCCCCUUGACAAGUUCCUGCUGUCCAAGGUCGGCGGCAGCGCCAACAACGCUGUUCCCCUCGAGCUGUUGCACUCCUUCAAGCGCAUGCGCCGAUUCCAACCCUUCUCCGCCAUUGUUGAAGCCCUGAAGACCGCCGAGACUGUCGAGCUGGUUGACAAUGACACCGCUGUGAAGCGCAAGGUUCCUCUGCCCGAGUCCGUCACAACCGAGGUCAACGAUGAGGGUAUCAAGGUUUGGGAAGACAAGACUAUGCCUCGCAGCAUCUACGCCAAGGGCUUCGGACGUGAAGAGCCUAGCACCCAGUACGAUAUCGAGAAGUUCUUCGAGACUUACGGACCCAUCAACGCGAUCCGUCUGCGCCGUGGCGAUGACCGGGGCUUCAAGGGCAGCGUUUUCGUCGAGUUCGCUUCCGAGGAGAAGCAGCAGGAGUUCCUCGCUCUUGAGCCUAAGCCCCAGUGGAACGGCAAGGACCUCAUCAUCAAGAGCAAGAAGCAGUACUGCGAGGAGAAGGUUGAAGAGAUUAAGAAUGGCAAUGUUCAGCCCAACCGAGGUGCUCGUGGUGGUUCUCGUGGAGGCCGUGGUCGUGGUCGUGGAGGUCGUGGCGCUCGUGGGGGCCGUGGUCGCGGUGGCCGUGGUGGUCGCAACGACCGUGACUGGCGCGAACGCCGUGACGAUGACCAGAAGAACGGAUUCCAAGACCGUCGCCAGGAGAAGGAUUCUCGUGGUGUCCCCGUCGUGCAGAGCACUGGCGAGAAGCGUUCCCGUGAUGACGAGGCUGGUGAUCGUCCUGCUAAGAAGGUCGAUGCUAAGGAGUAA